AUGAAAUGGAGCAAAACACAGAAAGAAGACAGCUACAACAAUAAACACUUUACCUUCCAGCUUCUUGUUGUUUUUGCUGUCCUUACUUUUCGACUUUCUGUCGGCCACCAGAGUACUUUUGAGGAUGAGUCUUCAAGCCAUGAAUGUAACCAGCGCACAGUUCUUCUGUAUGGUGUGGGCAAAGCACGAGAUGAAGCGAGGCAUCAGCUGAAGAAGAUUACCAGAGAUAUUUUGAAAAUCCUAAAUAAGAAGAGCACCACAGAGAUGGGGGUUGGAGAUGAAGGACCAAGAGCCAGGAAGAACAGACAGGAGGCAUUUCCAACGCUGGAGACUGUGUUCACAAAACUUCAGCUCCUUUCGUAUUUUGAUCAGCAUCAAGUAACAUCUCAGAUCUCUAACAAUGUGCUGGAGCAGAUCACAAGCUUUGCGUCCGGGACUUCCUAUCACCUCCCUUUAGCUCACCAUAUUCAGCUCAUCUUCGACCUCAUGGAGCCAGCACUGAACAUCAAUGGGCUAAUUGACUUCUCAAUACAGUUACUAAAUGAACUGAGUGUUGUGGAAGCCGAACUGCUCCUGAAAUCCUCCAGCCUCGCAGGCAGCUACACCACGGGCCUCUGUGUCUGCAUCGUGGCUGUUCUCAGGCGCUACCACAGCUGUCUGAUCCUGAACCCGGAGCAAACAGCCCAGGUGUUUGAAGGGCUGUGUAGUGUGGUAAAGCAUGUUGUGAAUCCCUCAGAGUGCUCUUCUCCUGAGAGAUGCAUCUUAGCCUACCUCUAUGAUCUCUACGUGUCAUGUAGCCACCUCAGAAGUAAAUUUGGAGACCUCUUCAGUAGUGCCUGUUCAAAAGUUAAGCAGACCAUAUAUAAUAAUGUGAUACCUGCUAAUUCUAACUUGCGAUGGGAUCCGGACUUCAUGAUGGAUUUUAUUGAGAAUCCUUCAGCUUGUAGCAUCAACUACUCUAUGCUAGGCAAGAUCCUCAGUGACAAUGCGGCCAAUCGCUACAGCUUCGUCUGCAAUACACUCAUGAAUGUAUGUAUGGGCCAUCAGGACGCUGGAAGGAUUAAUGACAUAGCCAAUUUCUCCUCCGAGCUGACAGCAUGCUGCACUGUUCUUAGUUCAGAGUGGCUGGGAGUUCUGAAGGCUCUCUGCUGUUCUUCCAAUCACGUGUGGGGGUUCAAUGAUGUACUUUGCACAGUAGAUGUGAGUGACCUUUCAUUCCAUGAUUCACUAGCUACUUUCAUUGCUAUUCUGAUAGCACGACAGUGUUUCUCCUUGGAGGACGUCGUGCAGCACGUGGCACUGCCCUCUCUCCUCGCGGCAGCUUGUGGAGACGCGGAUGCCGAGCCCGGGGCCAGGAUGACCUGCCGCCUCCUGCUCCAUCUCUUCCGAGCCCCCCAGGCCUGCUUAUUACCUCAAGCAGCCGGCAAAACUUUCCCUGGAAUAAGAUCAUCUUGUGAUAGACACCUUUUAGCUGCUGCUCACAACAGCAUCGAAGUGGGAGCAGUGUUUGCUGUUUUAAAAGCAAUUAUGAUGCUUGGAGAUGCCAAAAUUGGCAAUAACAGUGUCAGCUCUCUAAAGAAUGAUGACUUCACCAUGAGGGGUUUGCGACGUGAUGGGAAUGCUGAUGAUAUCUGGACUGCCUCACAAACUGCGAAAUCAUGCGGGAGAAGCAUUUCCAUAGAAACCGCCAACUUAAAAGAAUAUGCUAGAUAUGUACUGAGAACUAUUUGUCAACAGGAAUGGGUAGGAGAACAUUGCUUAAAAGAACCUGAAAGAUUGUGCACAGACAAAGAACUAAUAUUGGACCCUGUGCUUUCAAAUAUGCAAGCACAGAAACUACUGCAGCUCAUCUGUUAUCCUCACGGCAUUAAAGAAUGUACUGAGGGGGACAACCUGCAAAGACAGCACAUUAAGCGCAUUCUUCAGAACCUUGAGCAGUGGACACUGAGGCAGUCCUGGCUAGAACUUCAGUUAAUGAUUAAGCAGUGCUUGAAGGACCCAGGCUCUGGUUCGGUGGCUGAAAUGAACAACUUACUGGACAAUAUUGCUAAGGCGACCAUAGAGGUGUUCCAGCAGUCUGCUGACAUGAGCAUCAACUCUUCCAAUUCCGGUACGGGGCUCUUCAACCCGAAUGGGAUCGGAAGCUCCGAUGCAGGAAGCACAAGGCAGAAUGGAAUAAAGACAUUUCUAAGCUCCUCUGAACGCAGGGGUGUGUGGCUGGUGGCCCCGCUCAUUGCCAGGCUGCCAACCUCUGUGCAAGGAAGAGUACUGAAAGCUGCGGGGGAGGAGCUGGAGAAGGGACAGCACUUGGGUUCUUCUUCAAAAAAGGAAAGAGACAGACAAAAACAGAAAAGUAUGUCUCUUUUGAGCCAACAACCAUUCCUCUCACUGGUCCUUACGUGCCUUAAGGGACAAGAUGAACAACGAGAAGGCCUCCUCAUGUCUCUCCAGAAUCAAGUUAAUCAGAUCUUAAGUAAUUGGAGAGAAGAGCGAUACCAACAUGACCUAAAAGCACGGCAGAUGAUGCACGAAGCCUUGCAGCUCCGCCUGAAUUUGGUGGGAGGAAUGUUUGACACAGUGCAGAGGAGCACCCAAUGGACCACAGACUGGGCCCUCCUCCUCCUUCAGAUCAUUACUUCUGGAACCGUUGACAUGCACACUAACAAUGAAUUAUUCACAACAGUUCUUGACAUGCUGGGUGUUUUAAUCAAUGGAACAUUAGCCUCUGAUCUGUCCAACGCAUUGCCAGGGGGAUCUGAAGAGAACAGACGUGCAUACAUGAAUUUAGUAAAGAAACUGAAGAAAGAGCUAGGAGACAAGCGGUCAGAAAGUAUUGAUAAAGUUCAACAGCUGCUGCCUUUGCCAAAACAGACAUGUGAUGUCAUCACUUGUGAGCCUAUGGGUUCCUUGAUCGACACAAAGGGAAACAAAAUUGCUGGGUUCGACUCUAUAGAUAAAAAACAGGGUCUCCAGGUCUCUACGAAGCAGAAGGUGUCCCCCUGGGAUUUGUUUGAGGGUCAGAAGAACCCAGCUCCUCUGUCCUGGGCCUGGUUCGGGACAGUCCGAAUAGACCGGAAGGUGAUCAAGUAUGAGGAGCAGCACCACCUCCUUUUGUACCACACACACCCUAUGCCCAAGCCCCGAAGUUACUACCUCGAGCCGCUGCCCCUGCCUCCCGAGGAGGAAGAGGAAGAGCCCACGUCUCCCAUUUCUCAGGAACCAGAGAGGAAAUCAGCUGAGCUGUCAGAUCAGGGAAAAACCACAACUGAUGAAGAGAAGAAAACAAAGGGAAGGAAGCGCAAGACAAAAUCAAGCUCCAGAGUUGAUGAGUAUUCACAGAGCAACAUAUACCGAGUGCCUCCUAAUUACUCACCCAUCUCCUCCCAGAUGAUGCACCACCCACAGUCUGCCUUGUGGGGCUACAACCUCAUGGGGCAGCCCCAGCAGCCUGGCUUUUUCCUGCAGAGCCCAUCUCUGACUCCAGGUGGCUCUAGACUGGACCCCACAGGCUCCUUUGUCCCUACCAACACCAAGCAAGCCCUGUCGAACAUGCUGCAGCGGCGGUCGGGCGCCCUCAUGCAGCCGCCCUCGUUGCACGCCAUCACGUCACAGCAGCAGCAGCUGGUCCAGAUGAAGCUCCUGCAGCAGCAGCAGCGGCUCCUCCGGCAAGCCCAGGCACGGCCGUGCCAGCAGGGCCAGCCAGGGGACCAGGCUGCUCUGUUUGCUGCACAAGCACGGCCCUCCCCUCAGCUCCCCCAGUAUCCAGGGCUGCAGCAAGCACAGGCCAUGCCCCAAGGCUAUACUAUGUAUGGAACACAGAUGCCUUUGCAGCAGACCCCGCAGCAGCAGGCUGGCAGUGUGGUCCUGUCCCCCAGCUAUAACUCCAGAACCUACCCGGUUGCGCAUUCCAACCCUACACUGAUGGAAAGACUCAGACAGAUGCAGCAGCCGCCCAGUGGCUAUAUUCAGCAACAGGCCUCGCAGUACCUGCAGCCUCUGACUGGCUCCCAGAGACUGAAUCAUCAGUCCCUUCAGCAGAGCCCUCUGAUGGGUGGAGGAGUCGAUGCAGUGCUGACUCCCACACAUCCGAACCUGCCGUCAGUGCCGCUGCCUCAGGACCCUAUGCGGCCCAGACAGCCGCAGGUGCGACAGCAGCAGAGGCUCCUCCAGAUGCAGCAGUCCCAGCAGCCCCCGCAGCCCCAGCCGUCCUCGCAGCCCCAGAGCCAGCCCCUCAGUCUGCAGGCCGUGCAGCCCCAGCAGCCAUUGAAGAACCACCACAAUUUUUUGUAUCAACUUAAUGGACAGAACCAGGGCAUAUGGGCCCUCAUCUGUGCCUGCACUUGCACGACCCUGGAAGUGAGCACCUCCUCAGAGUUUGCGCCCUUGGUGCCCCAGCCCAGCCCAGCCACCCGUGAGAGUAGUGGACCUUUCUCCUCCGUCCAGUGGGAGGCUCAGUCGUGA